AUGAAGAAUUUUUCAGUUCCUGUGCAAGCUAAUGAAUAUCAGACUGAAAAUCUUUUUCCUCAGCUUGUCCUGAAUUUGACAAAUAAGUCAGAUCCAGUUGGAAGAUCAGAAAGAGAUGAGCAAUUAGCUCAGCUAGAGAUUGCUGUGUUGGGAGUAAUAUUUAUGACAGCAUCUGUGGGCAAUUUUAUUCUCAUACUGGUAUUGUGGAGGAGGAGAAAGAAGUUGUCUAGGAUGUAUGUAUUCAUGCUUCACCUGAGCAUAGCGGACUUAGUGGUAGCAUUUUUUCAAGUCCUUCCCCAACUAAUAUGGGAUAUUACAGACGUUUUCAUAGGGCCAGAUGCAUUGUGCAGAACUAUCAAAUAUUUGCAGUUGUUGGGCAUGUUUGCCUCUACUUAUAUGAUAGUGGUUAUGACAGUGGACAGAUAUCAAGCAGUAUGCUAUCCCUUGGUCACUUUCCAAAAGAAAAGGGCUCUUUGGAAUGCUGCCAUUUGCACCAGCUGGUCUAUAUCACUGAUUUUUAGUCUUCCACAAGUAUUUAUCUUUUCUAAGACUGAAAUAUCUCCAGAUAUUUUUGAAUGCUGGGGUGAGUUCAUCCAACCUUGGGGCUUAAAGGCAUAUGUGACUUGGAUUUUUGUAGCUAUUUUCUUCAUUCCCACAGCUAUCCUUACUAUUUGCCAGGUUAAGAUCUGCAAAAUAAUACAAAUGAACAUACAGGUGAAAAAAAGGAAUGAAUUUGAAGCAAUAAAUCAGAAGCAAGUCCUGCCAUGCCAAGCAAGCAGUAUUAACUGUAUUUCAAAGGCUAUGAUCAAGACUGUAAAAAUGACAGUGGUGACAGUUAUUGCAUAUGUCCUGUGUUGGGCACCUUUCUUCAUUGUACAGUUGUGGUCUGUAUGGUACCCCAGUGGUGUUACUGAAGGUGCAGCAUUUACCAUCAUCAUGCUCCUGGGUAAUUUGAAUAGUUGUGCCAAUCCAUGGAUUUACAUGUAUUUUUGUGGCCACAUUCCAUAUUGUGCCAAAAAGAAGUCAAAAAACAUCUCAGCUCAGGAAGAAUCUGGGAUCACAGGAAGCAUUAAUUUGGUAGACAGGGAACCAGAAGAAAACCUAACUUGUUUAUAAAUGUAAACUUCUUUUUGUUGCUUUGACACAUUAAUUACAUUCAAAUUUUUUGGGAAUAUUUUAUCCCUAUCCUUUGUUAUCUGAGGAGUGGAGUGAGUUGAAAAAUGGUCCUUCACAGUAUAAAUAUAUUUUUCUUAAAUAUUGUAGCAUA